UGCAGCGCUAUAUAAGGCAGAACAGAGCCAUCGUCCGUGGUCUCAGAAAACCGAAGGACCCAGGGUACAAAAGCAGGAGCGCGCGGCUGAGCAGUGGUGACCUCAUCAUGACCAAGCUUACUCUCCUCGCAGGCCUUUGCCUGGUGAUGUGCCAGAUGGGCACCGCCAUGGACAUGAUCUGCUACUUCACCAACUGGUCCCAGUACCGACCCGGGACGGGGAAGUACAUGCCGGCCAACGUGGACCCGUUCCUGUGCACCCACCUGAUCUACGCCUUCUCCAUCGUCAACUACGCCAACGAGCUGGUGACCUACGAGUGGAACGACGAGGCCCUCUACAAGGACUUCAACGCCCUGAAGACCAAAAACCCCAGCCUAAAGACCCUUCUGGCCGUUGGCGGGUGGAACUUCGGUACAAGCCAGUUCACCAUCAUGGUGUCCUCAGCAGCCAACAGGCAGACGUUCAUCCAGUCCUCCAUCAAGUUCCUGCGGACGCACGGCUUCGACGGGCUGGACCUGGACUGGGAGUACCCCGGAGCUCGAGGGAGCCCCCCAGAGGACAAGCAGAGGUUCACGCUGCUGUGCAAGGAGCUGUUAGCGGCCUAUGAGGCGGAGGGAACGGCAACGGGGCGCCCGAGGCUGAUGCUCACCGCCGCAGUGGCUGCUGGGAAGGCGACCAUCGACGCCGGUUACGAAAUCGCCGAGAUCUCCAAAUACCUGGACUUCAUCAACGUGAUGACCUACGACUUCAACGGCGCCUGGCAGACCUUCACCGGGCACAACAGCCCCCUGUACCGCGGGGCCCAGGAGCAAGGAGAGCUCAUCUACUUCAACACCGACUACGCCAUGACGUACUGGCGGGACCAGGGUGCGCCGGUGGAGAAGCUGAGGAUGGGCUUCGCCACGUACGGCCGCACCUUCCGCUUGACGUCCCGGGACACCGGCGUGGGGGCGUCCUCGAGCGGCCCGGCGUCGGCCGGCACCUACACCCGGGAGGCCGGCUUCUGGUCCUACUACGAGAUCUGCACCUUCCUCCAAGGAACCACCGUGCAGUGGAUUCAGGACCAGAAGGUUCCGUACGCUGCCAAAGCCAACGAGUGGGUGGGCUUCGACACGCAGGAGAGCUACGAGACCAAGGUGCGCUACCUGAAAGAUAAGAAGUUUGGAGGGGCGUUUGUCUGGGCUCUGGACCUGGAUGAUUUCACCGGGCAGUUCUGCGGGCAGGGGACAUACCCUCUCAUGGGCCACCUGCACAAGCUGCUCAAUAUCGAACUGCCGCCACUGCCCCCCACCACCACCCUCCCCCCGGGAGCGACAACCACAACCAAGGCCACGCCUCCCACCACCACGACAACCACCACCACCUCGACGGCGCCCCCUGGCAGCGGCUUCUGCUCCGGCAGGCCCGACGGGUUGUACCCGGUCCAGACCAACCGCAACGCGUUCUACCAGUGCGCCCACGGCAGAACCUGGGUCCAGAACUGCAGCCCCGGCACCGUCUUCAGCGACCAAUGCAAGUGCUGCACGUGGCCUUAG